AUGGACAAUAUCAUCGAUUUGGGCAUUCUGGAGGAGCCUUCUCUUUGUUUCAUUUCAUUUAAUACCUCAUGCUUAAAAACUGAUUAUCCUCUGCAAGUCCGGCUUUUGCUUUACAUUCUCUUUAGCAUUUCUUCUCUUAUCACUGUAAUAGGAAAUCUCCUUGUGAUCAUAACAAUUGUAAAUUUCAAACAAUUACACACACCUACUAAUUAUCUCAUUCUCUCUCUAGCUGUUGCUGAUCUGCUUGUAGGAGGAGUAGUGAUGCCUCCUAGCAUGAUUCGCUCUGUGGAAACUUGCUGGUAUUUAGGAAGUACAUUUUGUAAAAUACACAGCAGUUUGGAUGUCACUGUGUGUACUGCAUCUAUUUUAAACCUGUGUAUUAUUUCCUUAGACAGAUAUUAUGCUGUAUGUCAUCCACUUCUGUAUUACAGUAAAAUGACUCCUAAUACUGUUAUAUUCAUGAUCAUAGUGUGUUGGAGCAUUUCCCUUUCUGUUGGGUUUGGCAUGAUAUUUCUCGAACUCAAUAUUCUUGGAAAUGAAGACUUUUAUUACAAUAAUGUUGUGUGUGAUGGUACCUGCCUGGUGUUCCAAGCAAAAGUGGGAGCUGUGGUGUUUUCUAUGCUUUGUUUUUACAUCCCUGCACUAAUCAUGCUAUGUGUUUAUAUGAAAAUUCUCCACACUGCACAAAGACAAGCUCAUGCAAUUCAUAGUACAAACGCACAGAUAAGAACCGCCCAGGAAAAAGUAGGUAUGAGCAAGUCAGAGAAGAAAGCUACAAAAACAUUAGCCAUAAUUGUGGGAGUUUUUCUGACCUCCUGGGUGCCAUUUUUUCUCUGUAACUGCAUAGAUCCUUUUACGGGAUAUUCAGUGCCACAAAUUGUUUUUGAUGUCUUCCUUUGGGUCGGAUAUUUUAAUUCAACAUGUAAUCCAAUAGUGUAUGCAUUUUUUUAUAGCUGGUUCAGACACGCUUUCAGAGUCAUUUUGUCUGGUCAGAUAUUUCAGAUUAAUUCAUCGCGCAUGCAACUGUUUUGA